AUGAUAAAAAACCUACAUAGGACUGUUAUUAUUAGAACAUCAAAUAGUCGUAAACAAUCAACUUCAUCAAUUGAUUCUGAUAGCACUUCAACAAAAUCAGAUAUUAAAUUUAAAUAACCUAUAUAUAUUUAACAGCCUCUUUAACCUUUAAAAGAGGUGAGUGAACCUAAUACUCCUGAUACCUUGAAGAUUCCACAAACCUCAAAGGUCUCUUCAAGGAAGUCUAGAUUUUAAAAACCAGUCCCUUAGAUUAAAUUAGACAGUAGUAGUUCAUCUUCAGACUCAAGUUCAGAUGCAUCAGAACAUAAUAUUUGGAAUGAUGAUGAAAUAUUAUUGAAAGGAGUUCAUUUAGGAGAGUUUUCUUAUUUAUCACCAACAGAUGAAUUGUAAAUGCUCUAUAAAAUACGAUUUGAGACUUACCCAAAUAAAAAGGAGUAGAUCUCAGAAGAAUAGUUGGCAUUAGAAACAUAGAAACUAAUCAAUAAGUUGAAAUUACAUUAUUUGAAAUAUAAAAAGAUCUUGCCUCUAUAGAAUCUUAAGGAUUAUACUUAAAAAUAUAAUAUCAAUGAUGAUUUGAAUUAUAUGAGAUUUUGGGAUUAUUUUAGAGUUAGAACAAAUCAUAGAAAACACAAAUAGGUUAUAAUGCCAACAAAAAUUACUAAAGAAAAUAGAAGCUAAUAACCAUAAAAUCCAACAAUUCGAAGUUAAUAGCGAAUUAAAACUGAAUACAGAAUUAAAAGUUUGAAUACAAGAAGAUUAUGA